AUGACCACAACCUCGAUGACCUCUCGAGUACCGGGCAAUGGUACAGAUGUGCUGAUCCCUCCCAACGAUCCUGUAGCUCCAAGCACACCAAUUCCUACUAGCCGGAGCACCACGACCACGACCACAACUCUGACCUCGAGCCCUACGAUUGCCAUGAUCUCAAGCACUUCGUCUUCCACGUCCCAGACCACAAGCCUAUCUUCGAGCUCGACCUUGGCAACUUCGCUGACAAGUACCAUGAGCAUAACCAGCACAUCCAGCGAGGCCUCGAGCUCGGUAGAGGAAGGCAGCACCUCGACCACCACUACGUCAAGCACGACGUCGGAAGAAGGAACUACCACAAGCGUCAGCUCUUCAACAACCACCUCCGCCUCGAGUGAGCCGGCAGUCACGAACCAAGCCUACAUCGACACAAUCUUGCGACAUCACAAUGCGCAUCGAGCUAAUCACAGUGCUGAUGCCCUGACAUGGGAUGCUGCGCUUGCUGCUACUUCCAAGAAAACCGCCGAUAGCUGCGUCUAUGCACACGACACAGUAACAGAUUGUCCAUCGGCUCUAGAAGACCCGCCAACAUCUUGCUAUGGACAGAAUAUAGGCGCCGGAUAUCUAUCGACUCAGAUGGGCUAUCUCAUCUCAGACGGAUUCUACAAUAGCGAAGUCGAAUUCUACACUUACUACGGAGGUGAACCAGACGUGACGACGCUAAGACAAUGGGGUCACUUCAGUCAAAUUGUAUGGAGCGACACUCAGACGGUCGGUUGCUACACUACAGAUUGCUCCGAUACUGAACUUGUGAACAUUGCUCCCUCAUCUAAUAUCCGACCGGUCUUCACUGUCUGCAAUUAUGGACCAGCAGGCAAUUUCCUCGACGAAUUUGCGAAUAACGUGAUUCAGCCGUUGGACCGACCAUCAAUUUAUGCCGGAUAUCAAUGUCCGACCGCAGAAAAUUGCGAGGAUAAUGCGUGGGUAGAUAUCGGUAUCGAGGUCUAG